AUGUCGUACGAGACGAGUCACAGAGUGGCUGAGCGCAAACCCGAAUGCGACUUUUCGAACAAAUUAGCAAUAUAUGAGCAACAGCUGUGUCUCGACUGGGGUGUGGAUAAUGUUUCCGGUAACGCAAGCUAUAUUAAAAGAAUAGAACAGGUCUUGCUCAGCAAUGUUAUAUUGUUCAGUAUUCAGACUGUUCUUCUUUUUUUGCAGGGUCAAGCAGAUAAAGGCUUCCGACGGCUCACGAAAAGUCAACCUGUGGGUCUGAAAUACAUCGGGAUCGUUCUUAGUGUUGCUGAUGAAAAAGUGGACUCAUCUGGAAAUGUUAACGAAUUGCUGGUCAGGGCGGCGCCGUUGACAGAAGAAAAUAAGCCGAAAGCGUUUGUACAUUGGGUUUCACGGCCGGUGUCUGCUGAAGUACGACUAUAUGAACGAUUGUGA